ACUUAUAUCGGAGUCAAGAUGAAAAGUGAUGAGAUCAUUGAUAAAAUGCGCAAUAAACUUCAGGAAUCUGAUCCUUCGAAUCGCAGUGUAACAAAUGUAUUUCAAUUUCAUUUCACUGAUUCAGAUGGCAACCUAAUUAAAAGUAUGGUUUUUGAUUUUAAAGAAUUAAACAUAUACGAGGGUACUUGCACGGACGCCGAUGCAGAAAUAACUGUUAGCGAUGAAAAUUUUUAUUUGGUUGGUUCAAAAGAAACGACAUUUGACGAUUUACUUGCUAAUAACAAUGUCAAAAUAGAUGGUGAUGCAGAAGCUUUUAACAAACUAAAGGAAAAGUUUCGUCUAAAUGCCAAAAAAGAGUAGAAUCAAUAGCGACUGAGAGAAUUUGUAAUCCUCGAAAAUAUUUAACGAACAACUUUGUAGAAUUUUAAUAGUUCCUGUAUAGCAUGUUUAACACACAUAAAAUGUAACAAUGUGAAAUAUAAAAUAAAAUUAGAUGAUUGUAGUUCAAUAUAAAUAUA